AUAGCCGCAGUUCUGCCAAAACGCGACAUUAUAAUUUUAUAUAUAUUAUUAGCCAGUUUUAGCAACAGCAGUCGAACGGAGCGAAACGGAUUAGUGAGCAGUGAAUUGAGCGUCAGUGUCGAGGUGGAACGUGGUGGAGGCUGAUUUUAUCCUAUAAUUUAUCGUCGCUUGUUUACAACGGAUCGGCUGCAUUGAUGCAUCUGUGUUUGCGUUACGCCCAAAAAUCCCAUUCCCACAAAAAGCACAAAUGCCUUGAUUACUCCGAGGCUGGGGCCUUUCAGCGAUUUUCAAGAUAUUUUUGAAGAUGUCCAAAUCUGAUGGACCGAAGUUCGUCACAGCCUUGUUUUCUUUCAAGGGAAAGAAUAACGAUGAGUUAUGCUUCAAGAAGGGAGAUUUAAUAACGAUAACACAGACGGAUGAUGGUGGUUGGUGGGAAGGAACACUUAAUGAAAAAACUGGCUGGUUUCCAUCCAAUUAUGUUAAAGAAUUUAGAACUCCAGGUACAUCUUUACAAAGUUUCAGCUUUAGCGAUUCAGAAUCAGGAUCUACCCCAACUAAAGUAUCGCCUGAAAAAAGUUCACCAGACUCUCCGAUUCACCAAACACUAAAUCGUGACAUUGUACUAAAGGAUAUAAUUGAUUCUGAGCACGCCAAUGUUGCAGAGUUACAAGGAUUAGUCGGGAAUUUUCUUCAACCAUUAGAAGCAGCCAAUAUUCUUAAAAAAGAAGAAUACAAACAAUUAAUUGGAAAUAUACACGAGGUUUUGGAGACUCAUCAACGUUUAUUAGCUAAUUUAAAUGGUGCAUUACCUCAAGGGCCUGAAGCUAGAAUAGGAAAUAUUUUUCUCACCUUAGCUUCUAAAAUAAAGUCUAUACAUACGAACUACUGUAACUGUCAUCCUCAAGCAGUUUGUAUUCUAGAUCAUUACAGGGAUGAAUUGAAUGAGUUUAUGGAGCGAACUGGUGCAAUAACUCCUGGAAUAUUAGUAUUAACGACAGGGCUUAGCAAGCCCUUUAGAAGACUAGACAAGUAUUCGGCGAUGUUGCAAGAAUUAGAAAGGCACACGGAGAAAAAUCAUCCCGACAGGGGUGAUACGCAACGUAGUGUUAGUGUAUAUAGAGAAAUUGCCAAUCGUUGCGCAGCAGUAAGAAAGCAGCGAGAGCUAGCGUUACAAAUUCUAACGAGUGGCAUUAAAGGUUGGGAAGGUGAAGAAUUAAAUGUUUUAGGUGAUAUUAUUCACGUUGGUCCUGUAAUACUCGCUUCAGGGGUCGAUAGGAGAGAUAGAUAUUUUGUAUUAUUUCCCUCAACCUUACUCGUACUAAGCACUAGUGCACGAAUGAGUUCGUUUGUUUACGAGGGGAAACUUCCAUUGACGGGAAUCACGGUCUUAGCAAUAGAACAAUGUGAUGAUUAUAAGAAUGCCUUUGAAAUAUUUGGACCGAUGAUCGAGAACAUAACGGUGCUGUGCCCGAGUCGGGAGGAGCGCCAGCAUUGGAUCGAACUCCUCAGCCUCCACGAGCAGUCGGCGACGAGUACUCGUGGCUCCAACCUCGGCCGCUCGCCCACGAACGUAUCCCACUCGAGCAGCCAGAGCUUGAAGCUUCAAGCAGCAGGGGCGGAUCAGUCGCCAACCCCUGGGAUUAAGGCACCCUGGAGCCUCGCCUCGCUGAGACCGGCGCCACCGAUUUAUGCCCUCAAGACUUUUCGGAAGCUGGACACCGUGGACGCUUGUCGCUCGAUGAAAACGUGCAAUGAACGACAAUUUGAAGAGGAUGCAAUCAUUUUGAGAGUGAUCGAAGGCUACUGUUUAUCGGCAAAUGCAAGGUUCACAGUAAAUUCUGCUAUGUUGGAUUUCGACCUCCUUCAUAAGGUAAACGAUAGAGAAUCGUUUAUGCAUAGUAGAAUCGGAAAUUGGGAUACAUACGAUGACAGGAGUCUGUCGGAAACUGUUAAAGCCUUGAAGAGCCAAAUGUCAGAUCUUCAGUUACAAGUGAUGCAAUUAUGCAAACAGUUGGAGGAUGAACGAAAAUCUCGUCUGUCGUUAGCUGCAACUGUCAAACGUAGCAUGGCUAUUAUGGACAGCGUCGUGCCCUAGUCAUUUGCCUUUAUAAUAACAAGAGAGAUACUUAUAAAAAUUUCUUUUAACAAUUUUUUUUCUCCAUCUAGGAGAGAAUACGUCAUGCAUUCAUUAAGUACAAUAAUGCAUUCAAUUUAUUCCAAUAUUAUUAUAAACAAUAUAAUUUUGUUAUACAUCGUUGAGAGAAAAUUUUACAUAAAUGCCUUAUGUCUGCGCUUUAAAAGAAAAGAAAGAAGAAAAAUAGUCGAUUGUUUCCUUGUUACAAGUUACACAUUCGUGCUUUUAUUUUGUUUUUUUAUAAGCAAAAGAAAUAUUGAAUAAUAGAGAGU